AAACUAUGUGAACUCCUCGAUGGCCCGCGCACCCCACAAGUAUAGAAAGUGAGCGGAUUGCCUGUUCGUGAGCAUCUUGCACUCACACACACACGCGUGCUCUCUGCGCCUCCGCUCUUGAAAUCGUUUCGAUUUGUUGUUGGCCGCAGUGCUUGUUUUGCUUAUAUUAGCAAGUGUGGAGUGCAAACCAAGAACCAAUAGUCGCCGUAGCUUCGACGUGUCAGUUUCUAGUUCAGUUUAGUUCAGUUCAGCACAGUUGAUUGAUAUCAACAGCCAAAUCGCGAAGUAAAGCAGCCCCCGAACGCAGUAAGGAGAAGCAUACGAGCAAACACAGCAGAAUGGCGGAAAAAGUAAAUGUGUGCAUUGUGGGCUCCGGCAAUUGGGGUUCGGCCAUAGCCAAAAUCGUGGGCGCAAAUGCGGCCGCUCUGCCGGAAUUCGAGGAGCGGGUGACCAUGUUCGUCUACGAGGAGAUGAUUGAGGGCAAGAAGCUGACGGAGAUUAUCAACGAGACGCACGAGAACGUCAAGUACCUGAAAGGACACAAGCUGCCCCCGAAUGUGGUUGCCGUGCCCGACCUAGUUGAGGCCGCGAAGAACGCCGACAUCCUGAUCUUUGUGGUGCCCCAUCAGUUUAUCCCCAACUUCUGCAAACAGCUCCUGGGAAAAAUCAAGCCGAACGCCAUCGCUAUCUCCCUGAUCAAGGGCUUCGACAAAGCCGAGGGCGGUGGCAUUGAUCUGAUUUCCCAUAUUAUCACGCGUCACCUGAAGAUCCCAUGCGCCGUGUUGAUGGGCGCCAACCUGGCCAACGAGGUGGCUGAAGGAAACUUCUGCGAGACAACCAUCGGCUGCACGGACAAGAAGUACGGCAAGGUGCUGCGUGAUCUCUUCCAGGCUAACCACUUCCGCGUGGUGGUCGUUGACGACGCCGACGCCGUGGAGGUCUGCGGGGCCCUUAAGAACAUAGUGGCCUGCGGCGCGGGCUUCGUCGACGGACUAAAGCUGGGCGAUAACACAAAGGCAGCUGUCAUCCGGCUGGGUCUCAUGGAGAUGAUUCGCUUCGUGGACGUCUUCUACCCUGGAAGCAAGCUGUCCACCUUCUUCGAGAGCUGUGGCGUGGCAGAUCUGAUCACGACGUGUUACGGUGGACGAAAUCGCCGCGUCUCUGAGGCCUUUGUUACUUCCGGCAAAACUAUUGAGGAGCUGGAGAAGGAAAUGCUUAAUGGUCAGAAGCUGCAGGGCCCGCCUACUGCCGAGGAGGUGAACUAUAUGCUGAAGAACAAGGGUCUAGAGGACAAAUUCCCCCUGUUCACGGCCAUCCACAAAAUAUGCACAAAUCAGCUUAAGCCUAAAGAUUUAAUUGAUUGCAUACGCAAUCACCCUGAGCAUAUGCAAAAUUUGUAAAUCUGUAACGAAGCCGAGAACGUUUUUAAAAUUUAUAUGCACCACUGAGAGUAAAUGUAUUUUUUCAGCACAGCUCCAACUCAACGAAUCUUUCGAGUCCAUUAACUAACCAGUUAACUAUAAUGAUUGUGUAUAGGUUGAUGCAUUAGUUAGUUAGCUUAUUCUUUUUAAUCCGAAACCACGCAUAUCCAACGAACCACAGAAGAAAACUAACAACAAACACCAAAGUCUGCUUUAAUUUUAAAAUUUAGUUGUUUUUAAUCCUAACUAGCCAAGAGACAAGCGCAAGUACCUAAAAAGUAUAUUCUAAUUAUAUGGCCACGAGUAUUACAACGGUAAUCGAAGAAUCGUGUGGAAAGAAUCUUAGUCUAAUUUUAAUCGGACUGCGUAGUAACUAGAAUUAAUUGAAUACCAAAAGAUCGUUGCAAAAAUAAAAGCUGAGUAGUUUACUGGGUUGUUAA